CAGUGGCAGUGUGCCUGUGCAGACAGAGGGAGCAGUGAACAGUGAUAGGGUGUUUCCACCAUGGUCAUCACUCAGGCCCCGGCUGGAAUCAGGGGCCACCUCCGGAUCCGCAGCCUCCUGGCCCGGCAGUGCCUGGCAGAGUUUCUGGGUGUGUUUGUGCUCAUGCUCCUCACCCAAGGAGCUGUGGCCCAGGCUGUAACCAGUGGAGAAACCAAAGGCAACUUCUUCACCAUGUUUCUGGCUGGCUCUCUGGCCGUUGUGAUAGCCAUCUACGUGGGUGGUAACGUCUCAGGGGCCCACCUGAAUCCAGCCUUCUCCCUGGCCAUGUGCAUCGUUGGACGCCUCCCCUGGGUCAAGCUCCCCAUUUACAUCUUAGUGCAGUUGCUGUCUGCUUUCUGUGCUUCGGGAGCCACCUAUGUUCUCUACUAUGAUGCCCUACAGAACUAUACAGGUGGGAACCUGACAGUGACUGGCCCCAAGGAAACAGCCUCCAUUUUUGCCACCUAUCCUGCCCCCUAUCUGUCCCUGAACAACGGCUUCCUGGAUCAGGUUCUGGGCACCGGUAUGCUGAUGGUGGGGCUCUUAGCCAUCCUGGACAGACGGAACAAGGGAGUCCCUGCGGGUCUGGAGCCUGUGGUGGUGGGGAUGCUGAUCCUGGCCAUCGGGUUAUCCAUGGGUGCCAACUGUGGGUUUCCACUCAACCCUGCCCGGGACUUGGGCCCACGUCUCUUCACCUACGUGGCUGGCUGGGGUCCUGAAGUCUUCAGUGCUGGUAAUGGCUGGUGGUGGGUGCCUGUGGUGGCCCCUCUGGUGGGGGCCACCCUUGGCACAGCCACUUACCAGCUAUUGGUGGCUCUGCACCACCCUGAGGACCCAGAGCCAGCUCAGGAUCUGGUGUCUGCCCAACACAAAGCCUCAGAGUUGGAAACUCCUGCCUCAGCUCAGAUGCUGGAGUGUAAGCUAUGAUUAGGACAACCCUUACUUCACUCAUGGACCCUGGAGCCAGCCACUGACCCCGCCUGGGAGCAACAGUUAUU